AAAACAUGGCUGUAGGGUAAAUUGUCUAAUGGAAAGGAAGUUGCUGUGAAAAGACUUUCAAAAGAUUCGGGGCAAGGAAUAGAUGAAUUUAAAAAUGAAGUUUUAUUGAUUGCAAAACUUCAACAUCAGAAUUUGGUGAAACUCCUAGGAUGCUGUAUUCAGGGAGAGGAACCGAUGCUAGUUUAUGAAUACAUGCCAAACAAAAGCUUGGACUCCUUUCUUUUCAAUGAAACAAGAAGGUCAAUCUUGGAUUGGAGAAAACGCUUUGAUAUUAUCGUUGGGAUUGCUCGUGGAAUCUUAUAUAUUCACCAAGAUUCUAGAUUGAAAAUUAUCCAUAGAAAUCUAAAAACCAGCAAUAUCCUAUUGGAUGAAGAAAUGAAUCCAAAAAUUUCAGAUUUUGGCCUAGCUAGAAUCUUCAAAGGCGACCAAACUCAUGAGAAGACAAACAGAAUAGUUGGAACAUUUGGGUACAUGUCUCCAGAAUAUGUGGUAUUUGGAAAGUUUUCAACGAAAUCUGAUGUCUUUAGUUUUGGCAUCAUAUUAUUAGAGAUUAUUACAGGGAAAAGGAACAAUAGCUUUUAUCAAGAGGAUUUUUACCCAAGCAUGAUAGGAAAAGUAAGUUAAAAAGAUAUGGGUAAAUUAUAUUAAUCAUCAUUGAAUUUUACAUUGAUUUUCUUUGUUGUCAUAAAACUAGAACUUGUUGCAAUUUAGUAACUGAAAUUCGAUUUUGUUGCAAUUAGUUUCCUGACUUCAGUGGGAAACCACCAGAAAUCUGACAUGGCAUUCAAUUUGGGGCUGGUUUUGUAAGGCUUCUUCAAUUUGAUUUUUGAUCUAGACCUCAUUUUUAGUAUCUAUCUUGACUUGUAUAUCAUCUUAGAUGUCCAAUGAAAUUCUUACCAAAAUCACCACUGUCAAGUCAGCAUGCACUAGUUGAAAAAAAAAAUAAUAAUAAAACUAGUGAUCAAAUUAUGAAAAUUUGAAUUUUUAUGACCACAAUAAAGAAAUCCUUGUAAAAUUCAGUGAGCAUAAAAAUAUUUUACCCUUGAAGAUACUUAUAAUAACUAAUUAUUUUCCGAAUUGUAAUAAUUUGUUUUUGGGUUCAUCUAAUGAUGAG